AUGGACCAUUCCUUGAAAACGUACAAGACGCUGUUCCUGUCGCUGCUCGGUUUGAGGAAAUCCUUCCGAGCUUGGCGCAAACUGGUACCCCUGCUCCACUUGCCCACACCGGAGGCCCUGUCGGUCAUGUACUCCUACCUGCAACACCGCAAGAUCAAGAUCCUAGAGAUGUUCAACAAGUUGAACCACAGUGAUAACCAAAAUAUCACCCGGGAGGAGUUCAUUACAGCUCUGAAAACAGUGGGAGUGCCUUUGAGUAGCCAAGAUAUGGAGGACAUAGUGAUCUACCUCAGCUCCCUGGGAAAGUUAAACACCAUCACAAUGGAUAUCCUGACCAGCAGCCACAAGCAAUGGUCCAUAGAUCAGCAGAGGAGAAGCCACCCAGACAUAAGGAAGCGUCUCCGAGGGUCAUCCAGCAGGAGCAUCUCCCAGCAGAGUCUGCCCAUGAGGCAGAAGGGAAGCUCCAGCCUGCAGUCCGACAAGAUGGACCUGCUGACCGUGCCUGAGCCCAAUUUGGAGAAAGAAGCUCGGCCCUUGAGCCUCGAGGAAAUGGAGGACGUGGGCAAGCGGUACCGAGAGAGGAAGCGGCUGCACAAGAUCUCCGUGGGCUCCAUCCAGUACUCAGAGUGCUGCCGCCUGGUGCGGAGCGGGAACAAGCACUAUGAUGAGAACUGCCUCCCGUCCACGGUCCAGGGCAACACCGGGGACAUGAUCAACAGGUUCCGCAGGGACAACUUUCUGUCCUACCUGCAGUGCUGUAAACUCUGUGAGUCCUACGGCAUCCCACUGACCGAGGACAUCCUCACGAAAGCCUUGCUCUACCCGGGAGACAAGAUCAUUUUCCUGAAUGACCAAGUGCGCCCAAUCCGGCAGCCAGGAGGCUACUACUCUGACUUCAAGUUCUUCACUCGGAGCCAGACUCUGCUCAAGUCCCAGAGGGCUCAUAUGGCCAAAAUGGACAAGAAAGUACCAAAGAAAACCAAGAAACUACGCUUUAAGGAGUUUGAGGAGUUCACCAGGAAGCUGAAGGCAAAGAGGACUGGUGUCCAGCAGCUCACCCACCCUAACAACUUCUGGCCAGGCCAUCUCCUGGACAAGCUGAGGCUGUACCUGCCCACUGUGGCCCCCGACCGGAGCUUGGCACUCUUCAGCCACGUGCACCAACAGCCCUCUGCCUACCCGGCCAUCUACCAUCCCAACCACUGGUGGCCCAUUAGAAAUAUGAACUAUAUGACCCCAGCCUAUUAUGAUGCCCACAAGGUCUACUACAUUGACUGAGGUGGCCUAGGGCUUGCUGCAACCCAACCACCCUGUGGCCAGGGGCCAGUGCAACUGGUGACCCCCAAGCCAGGGAUACAAGGGAGUGUCAAAGAGAUAGACAAAAAAACCCAAUUGUUUCUGUGUGGUGGCCCUAGGGCAGGGCCUUCCAGACCCAAAUUACCCAUGGUCUCAGAGGGGAGAUGUGUCCAGGGGAAGACACACAGGUUUUCGGUGUUUCCCUCCCCUCUCC